AUGCCUCACGCGAACGCAAUCUUCCAGAACUGCUUCUACGUCGCCAACAUGCUCAAUGGGAUCCUCUACGGGGUCGAGCUAGUACUAUACGCCGUCAGCACGUCCAUUAUGUUGAACAAUAAAGACGAGCGGAACACACGCAGUUAUCGGCUGUUCCUUUUGCUGAGCACAGGACUGCUCCUCAUGAUCACCGUCUACGUCGCCGUGCAAGCCCUCUUCGGUGAAGAAAUGUGGAUCAUUCACGCAGACUACCCCGGAGGAUCCGCUGCUUACCAAGCGGACCAUGCCGCAGUGUGGUACGAAACCUUAGGUAGUGUGGCAUCAGUAGCACUGAACCUCAUAAGCGAUGGGUUGCUGCUCUAUCGAUGCUACGUUGUCUGGACAGACCGGCGUGUUCUUAUUUUUCCAUUAAGCCUAUAUUUGAUCACCUUCGGCGAGUAUUUGAAACUUCUCGUUUCAGACGGUCACAUCCCACAUUCCAACUUCUUCACCGGUGCGAGCCAGCACGUCGCGCUGUCUUACGCGACCGUCGUCAUCUCGCUCAACUUCACGCUCUCUUCUCUGAUAUGUGGUCGGCUGCUCUAUCACGCCCACGGUGUCGAGCACCUGUUAGGCCGGGACGUCGCACAGAAAUACACUGGGGCGGUCGCGCUGAUCGUCGAGGCCGCCCUUCCAUACACCCUCUUUGGCAUCGCCUAUGUCAUAACGUUGGGCCUGCACAGCCCAACGACGAUUCUGUUUAUGUCGCUCUAUGUCAUGUUCACCUGCAUAUCGCCGCAACUGAUCAUUAUCCGCGUUGUCCUGGGUCGCAGCUUCUCCUUGGAAAACAACUCUACUUCCCAGCUCAGUUCCAACGUUCACUUCACAACAUCUAUCUCGACAUCUACCCCCGAAGAAGGCGUCCCAGACUCGGGACUAGGCUCAGUGGUCAGCGUCGAGAAGAAACACCGUUACCGGUGGUCCCGGAGUUCAGGGGCCUCGGGUUCCUCUACAGUAGAGGUCGUCUGA